UCUCCUCUUAAAUCGACCGUCAAUCAAGCGCUCCUCACAUCGAUCCCGUAAACCACGUCGUACCAGAUCCUGUUCUUCGUUAGAGAGCCUGCUCAGAGAGUUCUACAGCAUCAAAAGCAAAAGCAGACUAGACGGAGCAACGAUGAAGAUAGCCAUGGCUUCUUCUAUGUUGAUUCUGUUCUUAAUUUUGUUAUCGCAAUUAAACGAUGUCGUUCAAGGCUUCGAUGUUCGGCAACACCUCUCUACUGUUACAAGAUACAACGUGGUAAAAGAUGUUGCCGAUAAAAACUUCGUACCUUCUGAAAUUCCUGAUGGAUGCACUCCUAUACACUUAAACCUUGUGGCAAGGCAUGGUACUCGUGCUCCUACAAAAAAACGGAUGGGAGAGUUGGACAGAUUGGCUGAUCAUUUGGAGGUACUUGUGAGGGAGGUUGAAGAGAAUCAUUUGUCUCUAGAGAAAGUUCCUGCUUGGUUACGAGGAUGGAAGUCUCCUUGGAGGGGAAAAUUGAAGGGUGGAGAACUCGAAUGGUGA